AUUUCAUUUAAAUAUGUUUUUUUAGAAACACAUCAACAUAUGUAAAAAUAUAUCGGUAAUUCUUUUUCUCCAAGUUCUUUUGAUAAAUGGAAUAUUAAUAAAUUUGAUACAUUUCAGGUCUAACCGGUUUCGGGUUUAAUAGGUUCUGGGUUUAAUCGAUUUUGGGUUUAAUAGGUUCGGGUUUAAUCGGUUCGGGUUAAGUCGGGUUUGGAUCUGAAUUGGAUUUGGAUACAUUUGGUUCGGUUUUGGUUCGGGUCGGAUUUUUUUGGGUGUUCGGUUCUAUUUCGGUUCUUCAAUUUUGGGUCAAUUCGGGUUCAGUUUUGGGUUAUUUGGUUCAGGUUAUCAUGUCCGGGUUAGUUUUGCCAGGUCUAUUGAUAUUUGAUAUGUAGGGACUAAAUAUGUAAAAUGAACUAUAAUUGUGAAGCUUUUAUGGAAUUUACUCUGAUUUUUAUGGAGCAUUAAAUUACUUUUUUAUUUGAAAUGACAAAUGCAUAGGUUUUUUAAGCAUGUUAUUAUUUUUUCUUUACAAAUAUAAUUCGCGUGUUGCUCCCACAAACUCUCUUUGCUUUGGAGUGUUUGUCCAGCUUUUUGUCCACCUUUCUAUCCUGCCCUUUUCACUAUUGCCUUUCCAAUGUUUUUAUUUUUUAAUGGCCUUUUUGCCCACCAUCAUGCUUUAUACUAGUUAACAAGCUCUCUACUUUUGAGUAGAGAUUAUGAGUGCUUACACCCUCUCUCCUUAGACCUUAUUUGUAGCAUUAUACUGGGUUAUUUGUUUUGGCCAUCAUACCUUCGACUCUCUCUUUGCAAUCAAAGCCAUAGACACCAGGAUAAGUUCAGGGAAAUUUACUUUUACAGGAUUAUACUGGGUUGUUGUUGGCAUUGUUUUUUUCCAAUUAUACCUUCAACUCCUUCGAGGUGUUAUCACUUUUUGAUCAAAGCCAUAAACCUCGGGAGAAAAUUAAAGAAAUUUAAAAAGGGAAUUGAGCAUGCCAGAGAGAGAACAUAGCUUGUUCGAGCUUGCCCACAUACAGUGGAAUAAGACAAAAUUUUAUCAGAAUAACAAAAAACAACUCGGUUGAAUACCACAAGAGUAGGGUUUGGGGAGGGUGUGUGUACGCAUACCAUAUCCCCACUUGAAAGUAGAGGUUGUUUCCAAAAAAAUUCCUGGCUCAGCAUUGAAAGUUGCAUUGAUUGACCAUUAGCUACUUCAUUCAUUAAAUAAGUGUAGAACUACAGACAGUCUAGAGAUCUGUUUUGCUUUUUCCAUCGAAACCCAAUCAAAAAAGGAGUGAAUUUUUGGCUUCAUUCUCAAAACAAGAACAUAGAAAUUAUUCUUGUUGAGAAGUGAAAUUGCAGAGCGACAACGGGAAAGAAACAGAGCCAAUCUCACCCUUAAAUUAGAGCCCAAGACACGAUCUUUUGGGAUGGAUCCAAAUUGGAUAUUCUUCAUCAUUGUUAGCCAUUUAGAUGUGCAAAGAUUCUUUGAGAUGGUUUCGGUAAGCUUGUUCAAAAAACAUUUCUAGUUCGUAAUGCCUCGUGAUUCUAACUUAGUUUCUCCAGAACGAAUUUUGUCAAGUUCAUUCAUUGCCUCAUCAUUUUCAAAUAUCCAUAAGGUUUUAAAUAAAAUCAGAAAGGAUUUGGCCAUAACUAGAGAAACCAACACGAUGGUAUGGUAUCUAGCUACCGUCAGCCAGGAUGCAAGUACUAUUACUGGAGUUCCACUCCUGUAAUAGUUUCGUUAAGAUAGCUAUUGCUGAGAGUUUUUGUCUAAAAAGGUACCUCUGCUAGUGUCUCAAGGUACCCUCCUAUUGUGACCUUGGACCCAUACCAUUAGAUUGUACUUUAGCCAUAAUUUCAAUAGUAAGAAUUUUUAAAUUUGCUAAUUUCUAUUUAAAUCACGUAAGUUACCUUAAAUCAGGUUCCAAUAGUCAUCAACAUUAACUUAUCAUAUUCAACUAUAAAUAUGACCUCAAUCUUUUAUUUUAAUCAUCAACCCUAGCUUCUAAUCACUUAUUUUUAUAUUCUAGGAGUGUUUUUGAUUUUGUUCUCUAAUCUUCAUUUUUUACCUGUUAGAGCUUUUUUUUCUUUAUUUUCUAUACACAUAGAGCUUGUAAUUAUAGACAUAUACUCUCAUGUUUAUCAUUGACCUUGUAUAGUUUUUGAGAGUAUUUUGUUUUUUACUGGCCAAGGAUUAAUCCUUUUCACUUUAUCAUAGGCCAAGGUGUAAAUGUGUUUUCCGUGUUUUCAUAGACAUUUCACGAGUUGUAAUGGUCUAGGACUGUCGUAUAAAUUCUUGUGUAAGUGGUAGAGAUAGCAGAGAAAUUCUUGGGUAAAAGUUCAAGGUUAGCCUUCAAACUCUUGGGUUAAAGAUUGAAGAUAUCCUGAAAAGCUUUGUUGUAAACAGUUCGAGAUAGGUAAAAUCUUGGGUUGAGUUCUACCGGCGAUGGUUGUUUGCCAAACUAGUGUCGUAGAGGUUGACACUCAGUGGAUUCUGAAAUUCUUUAUGAGGAGCUUUUCGAUACUAGAGUAGAGAUUUCCAAACAAAUAUAAAGUGGUGUGUACUUUAUGUCUUUAAUCUUUGUGUUAUUUUCAUUGCUUCUGCGUUUGACAAAAAACAAUUUUACAAAACUCCAAAAGAUUUUUUUAAAAUAUUUCACCCCUUCUAAGCCAUGUGUAAAUCAACUAACAUAUUUCCUUUAAGCAGGAGCUUCUUGUGUUCAAGGAUCCACUGAUUAGGGUUAUAUACGACUUUAAGGGAAGAUGGUACCAUAGUGUUGAGAUGAUUUUCAAUUUUCAAUAAUGACAUGGUUUGAGAAUUUUCGUUUUUCUCGGGCCUUCCCCUCUCAUUCCAAAAAAAUAAAGAUACCAAGAUAAUCAAAUAAUUACUUCAUUCGGUCUUCCCGUUGCUUGUUAUGCUUGACAAAAGUAAUUUUCAAAUUAUUUUAUAUAUAAAAUAAUAGAAUUUAAAUAUAAAAAUGACAUUUAAAAAUUACAUAAAAACAUCUACAAAAUAAAUAUGAUAUGACUAUAUUCUUUUGUAAAAUAAGCAAAGUAAAUAGAGUUUGGCCCUAUGAACGUUGAAUGCGAAGAUGAGUUUUGGACAGAGGGAGUGCAUUAUUUAAAUUAGAGUAAAAUUUUAAAAUAGUCAUUUCUAAUAAGGUGUUAUCUCAAACUAGUCUUCAAUAAGAAAUAAUUACCAAUGUGGUCAUUUGUAAUUAUAGUUAUCUGCCAACACAUAAUAAGGAGUAUCUGUCAACGAAAGAGAAGGCAUUUUGAUAUUUUUAUCAUCUAGUCUUUAUGCAUAUUCUUGAAAUUCUCUUUAUAAUUAAGUAUUUUUCUAUACUGACAACUUCCAAGUAAAUGUUUUCCCAAAAUGGAGAUCAUAAGUCUACCCGGGGUGGGUCAGCUACUCUAGCAGCUACCUGUUUUAUUUGUAAGGAUCAUUUUGAAGAUUUUUUCAUACUUUAGAUGAUAAAAAAUACUAAAAUAACCUACUUUAACCUGUUGUUUAAUAAGCAUUUUUGACAGAGAAUUGUGUAAAAAUAUAUCUCAAUUACAGAGGACCAUGUUGAUACUUUUUACUUAUUGAGACCUAAUUU